CUUCCUUACUCAAUCUGGCUGACUUAUCAUGGGGUGACUUGAACUGACGUUGAGUCAGACAGUUCUGAUCGUCAAACAAGUCUCUCUGAGUUAAACAACAAACAGAAGGAGAUUUUCCUACAAACAGUUGAGAUGGAAACUACAACAUUUGAUUAUGACUACAAUAGCAGUGUGGUCCAGGUCCCCCCGUGUGAUCCUAAUGAUGUCAACAAACUGGGAGCUCAUCUAUCCGUCCCUUACUACUUCAUGUUUCUCUUCAGUGUCUUUGGCAAUGGGCUGGUCCUGGUCAUCAUCCAUCGGUUUGAGAAGCUGAGCACAGUGACCAACAUCUUGCUCCUGAACCUGGUGUUGUCCUCCCUGAUCUUCAUGAGCAGCCUUCCCUUCAUGGCCGCCUACAUGCAGCUCUCCAAUUGGAUCUUCGGCAGCGUUAUGUGCAAGCUAAUGGGCAGCGUGUAUUAUUUGGGUCUCUACAGUUCUGUCCUCUUUCUAACUCUCCUGACCUUCGACCGACACCUCGCUGUCGUGUACUCCUUGGACGCACUGCGAGUCAGGAACAGAUGCUAUGCAGUGUGCUCCUGUGCUGUGGUGUGGCUGGUCAGCAGCCUGGCGUGCAUCAAGCCGAUGAUGCUCCUAAACACAUAUACUGAUAAUAUUAAUGAAAGAACCAUCUGUGAAGAGAAUACAGGCCUAAAUAAUGACGUGCUGAUAAAAUCUGGACUUUACCUUCAGCUUUUCCUUUUCUUCAUCUUCCCUCUGGUUGCUAUUAUUUACUGUUAUGUUAGGAUUGGACUCACUGUCAUAUCAUCCAGGAUCGUCAGCAAGUUCAAGACAGUCAGGCUGAUAUUCAUCAUUGUCCUUUUGUUUUUCCUGUGCUGGACCCCAUACAACAUUGUACUGCUGACACGCGGUACCACCUGCCAGCAAAAACGCAAAAGGGGUUACGCACUUCAUGUCACUCGUAACUUGGCCUACAUUUACUUUUGCAUCAGUCCCAUCUUCUACACAUUUGUGGGGAAAAAGUUCCAGAGUUACUUCAGACAGAUGCUGGUGAAACACUUCCCACGGUUACAGAAGCACAUUUCCGUCGAUCGUAACAGCAAAUACAAUAUAUCCACAAAAAGCACACCGAAUGAAUUUUAGGAAUGGAAAGCCUUUGACUUCUCAGCACUGGCAUAUGUUCAACAAACCAUGGUUUUACAAACAACUCAAGGAAGCCAUAAUAAUUUUAAGGCUGUCGAGGCGCAAAGCAAUGAAGUCCAAGCAGGAAAAAAAGGUUCUCUCAUAGCAGGAUCAAAGAUUUCUGUGAUACAAAUCAAUAUCUACACUAUGGUUGGCCAUGUCUAUUCUCAAGCCAUUAAAAAUUUGUGUUAUGUUGUCAAAGUCCAGCCCAACCUUUUAAUUUGUCAUCAUGUCAUGUAUGUAGCAUCAACACAAUUAUCACACUAUUCAGUAAAAAAAAGUUCUUGGUUUCACAAAAUCUCACCUUUAUGUAGCCGACAGCUCAAUAUGUUAGGAGGGCAAUGAAGAACAUUGUUUUACUCACAUUAGUGUGUCCUGCACUCACACAGUAUUCUCCACACAGGUGAGAGCACUUGAACUUCUGAAUGACAGGUGACAUUCGUCAGGCUGAAAUGAGUCACUGAAUUUUGCGCCCAUCAUAUUUUAGUUGUCGGCAUCGUCUUUGUGUGACAGAAUUUAUGGGCAAAAUGAGGAUCCGAAAAUUUGGGCAAACUUUAAACAUAUAAAACAUUUGAAUGACUCGAAGAUUGAUGUACGAAAAGUGGUUCACUAUGUAUUUUUACCACAGAAUGAAUCAAGCAUGCACACUCUGUUCAGUGAUUCUCCACAUGACCUCCAGUCUGCUAACGCCUGCUAGUGACUGGAUUUGUUUUGAUUGUUUAUAUCUCAUAUUGUUUCUUCUUGUUUCUUCUUUUAAAGAUUUUUUUUAAUGAUUUUUCUAUAAUUAAUAUUGUCCUUUGUAAAAUUGCUCUUAAAUGAUUCAUUUAUUUAAUUAAUUAAUUUAAUGUCUAGAUUGUCAAGUAUUGCACAAAUCACAGUUUACAUUGAAAGAAAACAGUGAACUGUGAGCGAAAAGCCAAAAAAGGGAUGUUAAAAGCUUCAUGCAAUUAGUUGAUGUUUGUUUGAUUUUUCUCUUUGUUUGUCUGUAUUUGAUUUGAUUAAAUCAACCCUUUCAAUCA